AUACAUAAACAUCAAAGUCCGGGGCGGUAGUCGGUCUGGUUGUCACUUAGUGCCGAUGGAAAACGAAAGUAAAAAUCAAUUAUUCACAUAGGGUGUGAGUUGUAAAAAAAUUAAAAUUCGUUUGUAAAAUUAAACGAAAGCUUGUGUUAUUAAAUUAAUAUGCACAUAUAGUUUGCAUAAAACAAUUUAUCGCGAGCGUUAUGCGAGUUCCCGACAUCACGUUAACAGCUGGAAAUGCUGCACAAUUUACGCACAACACUAACAACGUUAGCAACUCAACUACACAACAACAACAACUGACAACAACCACAGAGGAGUCCUUACACUCCUUACAACCGGCACGUAAAGAGUUAAAUAAGAAUGCCAAUUGGCCGGUGAAUGAGUUGAAUGCCACGUCUACUGGUUUCUUCGAUUACCUACCCAACGCCCCGUUUAGUACCACCUCUGCGUACACCUCUUCGGCCGAUGAGUUUGUGCAGCGUGCACUGAGCUCUUCCCUGGCCGUGCCAUUUGAAUAUACGAGCACAAAUCCGGCAUUGGUCGGCAGUAGAUAUGAGGAGUAUUUCCAACGACAACCGCAAACACAAACUUAUCUAGAGAAUUACGGUGGUAAUAGCAAUAGUGCCUAUAAGGGAUUCCAGGAGGUGUAUGUAAAUCGCGCUGCAAUCGCUUUGGAUGAUUACGAAAAAAUCAAUCGUACAACAAAAUUCGUCAACUAUAAGUCCGUUACAAAUACUGCAGCACAAGAAUGCGAUAAUUUUACCACUCGCGCUGCCAGAGAUGUGAGACACAGCGAUUGUCACAUCGAUUAUAACAACGAGAUGAAAACGGAAGCAAACGUUACCGUUAAUGAACCGAAUUCAAAUCAACAGCAACCAGUUAAGUCAUUGUCGGACACAGAGGAGUUUGCUGCAGGAAAUGUGAAUGAUUCUGAAAAUGAUUACAAUGACCAGUCCAUGUUGGAUUUGUGCAACGAUCGAAACCAUAAAUCAGAAGUGGAGCAGCACAACGAUGAAUUAGAUGAAUAUCUAACAUCACCAACGUCAUCGAGUGUCUCUUUGAGCACACCACAACGGUCCUACUUUCCGCGAGGUAUAAUCAAUCCGAAUUAUCCUGGAUUCCAGCAUUUAGCGCACACACUAUCCGAACAUUUCAUCGGUUGCACACCAUCCGAUUCGUAUGACAGUGACAUGUCCGAGUGUGAAAUGGAGUUGAGCGCCGAUAGUUGUGAAGAGCUGCCCAGCGAGGAGCAGCAGGCCGAGUUGAAUACGAAACUGAAUAUCUACAAUAACAAUAGCAACAGCAACAGCAAUAGCAGCCAUAAAAGCAUACAAGUCGAGCAUGAGGAAUCAACAGAACAGCAAGAAGCUUACACUGAUGCUAACAGCAAUAAUGCCACCACACGGAAUAUAAGCAGCGAAGAGCUGCAGCAGCAACAGCAGCAUCAACAAAAGCAACACAGCAAAUUGGGCGCACUCAUUGCCAAUGAAUUGCAUGACAACUUACGACAAUUGCUCACAUUGAAUGUACCCGAUAAUUACUCCGAUGCCUAUAUUAUAAACUCUGCGGAUAAUUUUGCCUUUCGUUGUGAUCAGAAGUGUCGCUUAGUCGCACAAAUCUCCGAUGAGCGACAACAGGUGUAUGGCACCACGCCAGAUAUUUUAUUGAAAAAUUCCAACUUACGUUUAGAACAGCUUUCGAAGAAGGAGAAUCGCCCGGAUCUGCUACGUGGCGUGAGCCCACAACCACUGCGAAAACGGACCGAAGUUGCAUUUGAAGAAAUUAGAGAAGUUGCGUGUCUCGACAAAUCGGUAGAAAAGCGGGAAACGGAAAGAAAAGACGCACAGAGGUUCGUAGCUGGCGAGCGUCGUAGCAAUGCCACAACACCAGUGCGUUCCAAUGAUAUCGGUAGAGAAGACGGUGUUGGCUUUGGCAUUACACCAGUGGAUAUAAUUGGUGACUUCGAACAAGAGGUGGAACGAGAGUUUGGGCUGUUAGUGAGCGGUUAUAGGCGUUUAGUCGAAACCAAUGAUGAGGCAAACGAAGACGAAGAUGAUGUUGGACAGCCGCAACCAAUUGAGAAGGUGUCGGAUGCGAUGCUCUCGAGCGCAAAGGAUCUCAUUGACUCUGAUAAAUAUGUUACGGCACUAAAACAAAAUAAGCAAGAUGAUACCACCAAAAUUGAAGCGAAAACAGAAGAUGCUGACAAAAGUGAAGAACACGAUCCAACAGCAAUGGACUUUAUGGAGGACAAUAAUGCUGUCGAUUGGUCAUAUGGACGUUGCGGCGAUUCCGAAGAAAUAAAUGCAUGUCAUGCCAAAGAGAGAGAGCAUGACAGCCAAAGGGAGCGAGAUGACGUAACUGACGCAAGCACCGUUAGCAAUACAAGUAGCGCACAAAUGCGACCCAAAUACCAAAAAGCAUCUUAUGAUGAACGUCAGCUACCCCCCGUAGCCAUUGAGUAUAAGCGUUGCCAGCAAAAUGCACGAAACACGCGAAAAUUGGCCGGACAAAAUCAUGAGAAAUCGGAGAAGCCUACAAAAGCGGCGGGUGGCAGCAAAAUUGGGCGUAAUCACUCGAAGACGGGUUUCACCAGCCGUUUCUUCACUUCGAAGCGUACCAAUAUGGGCGGUGUUUCGAGAAAUGGCGAAGAAAAUGCCAAUCGUCGACGUGAGGAAGCCGAAAUGCAUCAAUAUCAACAGCUGAUUAACAACAAGGAGUUAAUUUUGAGCAACAGUCGCUAUACGAAAAUGUCCGCGUGGGCGCAGUAUUUGAAGAAUUCGGUGAAAAAUCAAGGCGGCAAGUGCACAAGCACUGAUUUGGCUUCACCAAGUGCUUUGGAUUUGUUUGACGCUUAUAAGAUUGGUGGUGAUUUCGAUAUGGAAACCUUGCAGCAACAUCUUAAACUGGCUAAAGAGAUAGAGAAGAAGCGUCGCAGCGAUCGCGAAGAAAUACGCCGUCGUUUGGCCAUGGGUUCGGAGGAACACAGUCAGGAAACAAAGGAACGAAAUACUUGGAAGACGGGCAUACAGUCAAGAUUAGCAAACGCACAGUUGGGUCGCUUAAAUGAUCCGUCGUCGGAUACAGAAAGCCAUAGCUCAGACUCAGAGACGUGCCCGAAGUUAUCCAAAACCAAGCAUGUCGACAAUGUGAGUGCACUUAACAUUUCGCUGGCCGAUAAACCCACCUACCCAUAUGCUGGUAGUGGACAUGCCUCGAUUUCGUCACUCAGCUCUGCAGCAACGGCCAACAAAUAUCAAACACAACAACACAUGCAACGGCCACCACAGAACAACAAACAACAGAGUUUCCAAACGAGACUGUCGGCAUUCAGUAGCGAAGAUUUGGAAUGUGACUUCUUUACCAAGCAAGCCAAACUACAAAUUGAAGCGCGUAUGGCAUUGGCGCAAGCCAAAGAGAUGGCACACAUGCAAAUGGAGAUUGAGCGACAAAACCGACGCGUCUCACCGAUUACCGAUAUCAUACGCGUUUCGCUGCGUAAAGUGGGCGUGCAAAUGACCGCCGAUAAACGUCGGGUCUCACGACAAAUGCUAACCGAUAUGAAUAUAGCGCAGCUCCAAAUACUUGUCAAUAGUCUGCAUACACAUAUUGAAGAGCUUAAUGAGUCACUAGUGCAUAAUCUAAUGGAACGAGAUGAUCUGCAUGUCUCACAAGACUCCAUGUUGGUGGAUAUUGAAGAGCUUACGCGAUAUAUUGGAGCUAACGAGCAUCUUGCACAACGGUAUAAAAACCAAAAUCCCUACAAUCACAACUAAAGCCAUAGACAUACAUACAUACAUACAAAGAAAUAAUCAUAAAUGUAUACUAAUAUACUCAUACUAGUGUGGUCUUGGAAAGCAAUGGUUAGAAAACUAAAGAUGAAACAAAGCAAAUGAUAAAUAAAUUAAAGUUAUAUUUAAUUAUAUACUUAUAGUUACAUACACACAUACCAACAUACAUACAUACUUAUAUAUAAAUAAUUAAAUAAAAGGCAAAUAAAUACUCUCAAAAUUUAAUUGUAUUAUAUUUGAAAUAUAAAAAAAUAUAUUGAAACAAGUUCGAGGUUCAGAGUUGAUAUUUGAAUUUAAUAAAAAUUAUAUGCAUACACACACACUUAUACACCCAUACACCAUACAAGAGAGGUUACAAUUAAACGCAAAUUCACACAACUGCAUACAUAACAUUAGAAGAAAUAUAUAUAUAUAUAUAUAUAUAUAUUUACAAACAGUUAUUUAAAAAAAUUAUUUAACAACUUUUUCACCCCGAAAAUACCGUUAUAUACCAAAUUAUAACAGUUAUGUAUUUGAA